AUGACAAGAGCGGCCCCAGGGUCUGGGCUGUGGCUCCCGCUCCGGCUCCUGCUCCAGUUCUCGGCGCUGCUCGGGCCGCUGGGGCCGCAGGUCCAGAGCCUCAGACCAGAGGGUCUUCUGCUCGUGUCCACCUUGGAUGGAAAUCUCCACGCGCUGAGCAAGCAGACAGGGGACUUGAAGUGGACACUGAAGGAUGAUCCUAUCAUCCAAGGGCCAAUGUACGUCACAGAAAUGGCCUUUCUCUCAGAUCCAACUGAUGGCAGCCUAUACAUCUUGGGGACCCAGAAACAACACGGCUUAAUGAAACUGCCAUUCACCAUCCCCGAGCUGGUCCACGCCUCCCCAUGCCGCAGUUCCGAUGGGGUCUUCUACACAGGCCGAAAGCAGGAUGUCUGGUUUGUGGUGGAUCCUGAGUCCGGGGAGACGCAAAUGACCAUGACCACAGAUGGUCCCUCGACCCCCCGCCUCUACAUCGGCAGAACGCAGUACACGGUCACCAUGCAUGACCCAAAGAUGCCAGCCCUCCACUGGAAAACCACCUACCGCCGCUACUCAGCACCCCCCAUGGAUGGUUCCCCCAGGAAAUAUGUGAGUCACCUGACAUCCUGUGGGCUGGGCCUGCUUCUGACCGUGGACCCAGGAAGCGGAGCGGUGCUGUGGACUCAGGACUUGGGUGUGCCUGUGACGGGCGUCUACACCUGGCACCAAGACGGCCUACGCCAGCUGCCCCACCUCACCCUGGCCCGGGACACCCUGCACUUCCUGGCCCUCCGCUGGGGCCACAUUCGGCUACCUGCCUCUGGCCCGCAGAGCAUGACCACCCACUUCUCUGCCUUGGACACCGAGCUGCUGACCACGCUGUAUGUGGGGAAGGAUGACACCGGCUUCUAUGUCUCCAAAGCACUGGUGCAUGCAGGGGUGGCCCUCGUGCCCCGUGGACUGACCCUGGCCCCAGCAGAUGGCCCCACCACAGAUGAGGUGACACUCCAAGUCUCGGGAGAACAAGAGGGCUCGCCCAGCACUGCUGUCAGAUACCCCUCAGGCAGCGUGGCCCUGCCCAGCCAGUGGCUACUCAUUGGACACCAUGAACCACCCCCAGUGCUGCACACCACGAUGCUGAGGAUCCAGCCCGCCCCAGGGAGUGGGGCUGCGGAGACCAGGCCCCCGGGGCGCACCCCCAGAGCUCUCCCAGCCCUCUUCUGGGAGCUCCUGAGCCCCUGGCAGGAAGACCCUCAGGACAUGAAGCAGCCUCCUGAAGAGAACAGUCCACCUUUGUAUGCAUGGCUGUAUCCUCAGGACCUGAUAACCACCAGCCUCACUGCUCUUCUCCUGGGAGGGUGGAUCCUCUUCCUGAUGAGGCAGUGCAUCCAGGCUGUGGCGCGCAGCCAGCUCAAGACAGGCACAGCUCCUGGGGCCAUCCUGGCUGAGACUCUCACAGUAGUGGGAAAGAUUUCCUUCAACCCCAAGGACGUGCUGGGUCGAGGGGCAAGUGGGACGUUUGUGUUUCGGGGACAGUUUGAGGGGCGGGCAGUGGCUGUCAAACGGCUGCUCCGGGAAUGCUUUGGCCUCGUCCAGCGUGAGGUGCAGCUGCUGCAGGAGUCCGACAGGCACCCCAACGUGCUCCGCUACUUCUGCACGGAGCGGGGGCCCCAGUUCCACUACAUCGCCCUGGAGCUUUGCCAGGCCUCGCUGCGGGAGUACGUGGAAUCUCCCCAUCAGGAGCGCUGGGGUCUGGAGCCAGAAGCAGUGCUGGUGCAGCUGACGUCUGGCCUCGCCCACCUUCACUCCCUGCACAUAGUGCACCGGGACCUGAAACCAGGGAACGUUCUCAUCGCGGGGCCCGAUGCCUACGGCCGAGGCAGGGUGGUCCUCUCGGACUUCGGUCUCUGCAAGAAGCUGGCAGCUGGCCGCUGGAGCUUCAGCCUCCGCUCGGGCAUCCCUGGCACAGAGGGCUGGAUGGCACCUGAGCUCCUGCAGCUCCUGCCCCCUGACAGUCCUACCAGCGCGGUUGACAUCUUCUCAGCUGGGUGCGUGUUCUACUACGUGCUGUCCGGAGGAGGCCACCCCUUUGGAGAGAUUCUGUAUCGCCAGGCCAACAUCCUUGCAGGCACUCCCUGUCUGGCUCAUUUGGAGGAGGAGGUCCAUGACAAGGUGCUUGCCCGGGACCUGGUGGCAGCCAUGCUGAGUACGUGGCCCCAGACCCGGCCCUCUGCUGAGCAGGUGCUCACCCACCCCUUCUUCUGGAGCAGAGCCAAGCAACUCCAGUUCUUCCAGGACGUCAGUGACUGGCUGGAGAAGGCGUCUGAGCAAGAACCUCUGGUGAUGGAGCUGGAGGCGGGAGGCCACACGGUGGUCCGGGGCAACUGGCACAAGCACAUCUCAUUGCCCCUGCAGACAGAUCUAAGGCGGUUCCGGUCAUACAAGGGAACGUCAGUGCGAGACCUGCUGAGGGCGAUGAGGAACAAGAAGCACCACUACAGGGAGCUCCCAGCUGAGGUUCGCCAGGCGCUGGGCCCAGUGCCCAACAGCUUCAUCCAAUACUUCACAAGCCGCUUCCCGCAGCUGCUCCUCCACACGCAUCACGCCAUGCGGAGCUGUGCCUCAGAGAGUCUCUUCCUGCCCUACUACCCGCCAGCACUGGGGACCGGGGAGCCAUGCCCGGGGGCUGCUGGGAGCUGA